AUGACAUCUGCUCUCACAAUUCUUGCAACGUGCAAGCAAACUCGGUUUCAUCUUCUAGAUGACAAACCUUCGUCUGAGAUAGAUGUGGAGGGACUAGGCAUCGUGGUCACAUCGUCGACUCCUAACACCUCCGAGGAUGCUUCCAAACCAAAAAACAAGGGAAGACCUAAAACCAAGGCAUCCGGCCAAGAACUUAUUACCGAUGCUCACCUCCGACUUAAGGGAGGUGUCCAUUAUGGGUUGAUAGGACGCAAUGGAACCGGAAAGUCAACACUCCUGAGAGCGAUGGCUGAAAAGCUUAUUCCUGGGAUUACACACCCGACUCGCAUUGCAAUUCUACAGCAGACCGACGACCAAGAUGAAUCGGGGAGUACAUACGGACUGAAACUGGAUAAAUCUGUUCUAGAGUCAGUUCUUGGUAGUGAUGAAACCAGGAAUGAAGCAGCUCGACUGGCAGUCUGCCUGUCUAAGAGCUUCGAGAGUGAGGACCCACUGAAGCCGGUCCAGGCUAUUCGGAAGAUUCGACAUGAGCAAGCGGAGAAGAAAUUAUUUCUUGCGCAUAAGAAUGCCCAUUUGAAAAGUGGAUCGAGGGGUCUACAAGCAAGGAAAGACUUGAAGGCUGCUGAAUCAAAACUUGAAUCAACAGAGGGGCUACUUGCCCAGGAACUCGAUAGUAUCGAUGCUGAGGCAGUCCAAAUAGAUACACAAGCCGCUGUUGACAUGCUUCAGAAUUUGCAAUCCCAACUUGAAGAUAUGAAAAUGGCCGAUAUGGAAAAGGAAGCCCGGCGGAUUCUGCUGGGAUUAGGAUUCAAAGAAGGAAACUUGGAAAAUAAAAUCUCAACGUUAUCAGGAGGAUGGCGAAUGCGUUGCAUGCUUGCCUCCGUUCUCGUCCAAAAUCCCGACAUCAUGAUUCUUGAUGAGCCAACCAACUUUCUUGAUCUUCUAGGAGUAGUCUGGCUUGAAAAUUACCUCCAAAGGCUACGCGAUAAUUCCCAAACCACGAUAGUUCUAGUCUCACACGACCGAGAUUUUAUCAAUGCCGUUUGUGAAGAGAUCGUGAUCUUGCGGGAUCAAAAACUGCACUAUUUUCGCGGGAACCUCGCGGCCUACGAGCAAGAUUUCGAGGCGCAGAAGCUAUACCUUGGUCGUAUGAAAGAAGCACAAGAGCGACAGAUUGCCCAUAUGGAGGCCAGCAUCCGUGAAAACAUGAAAAUAGGCAAGAAGACCAACGACGAGAAUAAGCUUCGACAGGCCAAGUCACGACAAAAGAAAGUUGAUGAUCGAAUGGGACUUCAGGUCAGUGCAACUGGAGGUCGGUUCAAACUGAAUCGGGAUAUGGCAGGAUGGCAUGCCCAUAAUCGGGCAGAGAUUGAAGUACCGAUGGACGAGAGAGGCGCGAUGAUGAGCCUGCCCGAUGCGACAGAGUUGCGAUUUCCAGGACCGCUUGUAUCUCUAGAGGGUGUUAACUUCAGAUACAAGAAUAAUCGCGUCAUUCUAGAUGAUAUCAAUUUGGUCAUUUACAUUGGCGAUCGCGUUGGAAUCAUGGGCCUGAAUGGCUCAGGAAAAACCACGCUGAUUCGUAUAAUGACAGGGCAAUUGGCUCCGUCAAAGGGCAAAGUGACGACCCAUGCCCGAUUGAAAGUGGGUUAUUACGGCCAGCACUCUGUGGAGGAAUUACAGGAACUUGGUCGAGGCGAGCCCGGGCUCACUGCACUCGGUUUAUUGAUGGCAGAAACGGGCGACGCACUCAACGAGGGAGCCGUGAGAGGGCUCCUAUCAUCGAUGGGUCUACAAGGCCGUAUUGUGUCCGAUGUACCUGUGGCCAAACUGUCUGGUGGGCAGCUAGUUCGGCUCGCUUUGGCUCGAAUUGUUUGGAGUGCACCACAACUUCUGAUCCUUGAUGAGAUUACCACUCAUCUAGACUUUCAUACUGUCGCAGCACUCGCCACGGCGCUCUCCUCCUUUAACGGGGCCAUCCUCCUUGUCUCUCAUGACCGAUUCUUAAUUCGGUCCGUGAUUGAAGGAAAACGCGAUACCGAGAACAAGCUCGAUGAUGAUUUUGAGGGAUUAGAAGAAGAGGAAGAAACGCACGAAAAAAGCACUCGACGCCGAUCGGUCUAUGUGGUCAAGAUGGGUAAGUUGAACGAGCAAGCAAGCGGGGUAGAACAAUUCGAGCGGAGUCUGGUUAAGCGAGUAGAAAAGAUGUUGGCGAUUUGA